UUGCACAGUACAUGCACUUUACGUGCGUAGCGGCUGCAAGAUGGUGAAGAUUGGAGAUUCAUCCGAAGAUGGAAACGAAAGUCGUAUUUCGUUUAAAUCCGACGUUGAACGUCUUCAGCAGACGCGGCGUGUUUACCGCUCUGCCCAAGACUUGACACACAAGCUGGAGUCCAUUUUCAGGCAUAAGCAGGCAUACAGAGUCGUCUUUGAAAAAGAUGCAAUUGAAAUGCGCAUGAGAUUACGUGAUCUAUGUGAGCGGUUGAUGAUGCUUCAUCCCAUAGACUUUGGAAGGAAAGCAGAGGAGAUCCUUUGGUGGAAAGUUUAUUACAAUGUCAUCACCCUGGCCAAGAAGAGCAAGAAGAACAUCCGUAGCGGCUCAUCUCUGGAAUGUGCUUACAGGACACACCUCCUGGCAGCUACAGGAUUCUACCAUCAUCUCCUCAUGAGACUACAGUGGGAGUAUGGUCUGCAGGAGAACCAUGUCAUGGACUUCAUCAGCUUCCCGGAUCAGGAUCAGGUCAAAGAGACAUGCAUGGAUGCCAACAAACCAGAGGCCAAGGACUGGGCCCAGAAGGCUUGUCAUCGAUGUCUUAUCUACCUCGGUGAUCUAGCAAGGUACAGGCAGGAAUUUGAAGGUCCAAGCAGUUGUCUCCUAGCUCAACGCUUCUACCACCAGGCCCUUGUGCUUAAUCCUGCCGUGGGCAUGCCUCACAACCAACUUGGUACACUGGCUGGAACACGUUAUCAGGGGCUCGAUGCGGCCUAUCACUACCUGAGAUGCUGGUUAUCUGACUUGAGGUUUGAUGGUGCUAUUGCCAAUUUGGAAAAGGUAUUUGAGAGAAAUCAGAAGAGGUUUCAUGAGUUGCCUUCAAGUCCCAGCCCAGAUCUUCCUCCAGAAUUGCAAAGACCACGAGAUAUCAAACAGUUUCUGAUUCGCUUCCUCUACCUGCAAGAGAUGUUCCAGCCUAGCAACAAGACAUCCACCGACACCCUACCGUCGCUAUGUCAGGAGGUGCUGCAGGGCUUCCACCAGUGCAUGCUACAUGGGGCUGUUCCUCACGCAAGGCAAAGGGAUGAGGAGGGCAGAGAAAGCUAUCUGUCUAAUGACAUCAUCUUUAAACUGGUUGUGCUAACGCUGAUGAGCACAUACAGGCUGCAGAAAGCAGGCUCCAAACAGACAUCUACAGCUGUUGUUUUCACUCUGGCUCUGUUUUCAUAUACACUCAACCAUCUCUGUGAGAAACUGAACAAUGCUAUCUACAGGAAGAUCUAUCCAGACCAGACUACUGCCACUUUUACAAAAGCACAAGACUCAGACGGAUCAUCCGAUGGCCGAGCCAGUCCGGCCGACACCAUCACACCCAUCCUGAGCCGGGACAUCGACAGCGACGGCACCGUCAAACCAGCCAAGAAGAAACAACAGAAGAAGAAACCUAAGACGGUCCUGAAGGCCAUGCGACGUCGGCGUAAGAGGGCCGGUCUGGGAGCCCACACCAGCGAGGAGUCUGAUCUGAGUGAGGGGGAGCCUGGAGAGGAUAAUCAUUCUAAUGGUGGUAGCUCAGGGGGAGAGUCCGGUGAGGAGAGGGUACUGGCUGCUGAGUCUGAUAGUGAUUACUUCAUGGACAGUCAGGAGCUGGAGCUGGAUGAGGAAGAGUCUUCAGAGAGACAUAGUCUGCAUGAGGAUUCUAAGACCCCUCCCCCUGGCUCAGGCGAGGAGAGCGGUCUCUCCAUCAUGAGUGACAUCACGGUAGAAGACAUCUCCUCCCAGCUGAUCGCCCCUCCUACCGGCCCCACCCACACCCCUCCUGGUAGGCGUAACAUCCGCCUAGCACCCAGCUUUGAUGCGUACAACAAGGAGACGAUGUCUGCCCAGUCCAAGGAGGAGGGCAAGGAGACAAGGGAGAGGAAGGGGGAAUCCCCAACAGGGUCUACGCAGACUCCUCCGGGUAGAGAAAACAGAGAUACAGGUGGAUCCAGUGUAACCAGUGCAUCGACCAGCCCUUCAGAUCUACAGACCAAUCCAAUCCCUCUACCACUAAUCAUGGAGAUACUAACAAGUGAGGGACUCCUACCGGUCAUUAAGAUCCUCACUGAUUGGCUGCGGACAAAUGAAGACUUCAUCAUCAAGACUGCUCAGAGUUCCCAACCUCUCUGGGCCAGACUGGCCAGUCUCCUCAACAUGUGUCCUCAUGAAAAGUCACUUGUAAAUCAAGACUGGUGCGGUAGCGUUGGCCUGCGGCAGCUGUUAGAGGGCAGUCUUGAAAGCGGGAAGGGAAAGAGUUGGUAUCAGCCUAUGCCUCUGACAGAAGACAUCGCCAUCUGGACUAUGCCUCCUCUACAGUACCUACAGAAGAAGAUGAAGUAUGGUAUCCAUCAUGAGCUGGAUCUUACUUUACAAGAAGAGGUAGGUGAUGCCAUUACACCCAAAGCUACAUCCAUGCUUAGGGUUUGGGAUUAUCUUCACCCAAGUGCUUCUGAAAUAGCCACAUACUGUUCAUUUUUAGAGACUUGUUUUGUUCUAUUUACCGUGAUUAGAGUCCUGUGCCUUCGUCAGUUUGGUUACUACCUGAGCAGUAUAGAUGGGAUCAGUCUUUCUUGUGACGAUGAUCACUUUACCAGUGAAACUGUAGACCUGUCUGAUGAACAAGAUGAAGAAGAACUGCAUCAACCAGACGAGGAUGAUGAACCGCAACCAAGUACUAGACCUGAAGAGAAAGAAGAAGACAUCGAUGCUCGUAGACAGCAGGUGAUGAGAGGCAUGGCACAGCUAAGAUUACAGUCUGAAGUGAGUCAGCUUGAGGGCAGUAUUGAACCCCUUAACAUGGACGCCCUAUCUCCCUACCUCAUCCCUGAUACAGCCGUCCUAUCUAAUCAGCUACCGGUCUUGAGAUCGUUGGUAGCCACAUCACGUUUCAUCGUUAUCAUACCCAAAGCAGUUGUGUCUCAAUUAGACAUCAAUAAGAAGCAUCAACCCAAGGCUCGAGAGGCUAUCAAGUUCAUGGAGAAGGAAUUCCAGAUUGGCAACAGGUAUCUAAGAGCUCAGAAAGAUAAAGAGAAUCUACGCUUUGAUGAGAAUUCCAAGGUCAAGAUAGAUGACAUUAAUGUCAGAACCUUUUGCAGUAUAGCAGAAUGUGCUCAUUUCUUUGCCCUACGCUGUGGUGACCCUGCAUUGCGUAGCCCUGCUAACCCCAACCCAGGAGGGAUGGUUACCAUUCUCACCCAUCAAGAACCAUCGGAUGAUCCUAGGGUGACGACUACCAUCGACAAGCUGCUCAACGUCGGGGUCGACGUCACGACGGCCAGGGACUUCCAAGCUCGGUGGCAGGCUCAUACUUGAAGGGAGAUGCAAGAAAAGAAGUGAACUAGCCAGUUCACAUGAGAAGACCUGCAGAAGCAUAGAAGCAUGACAGGAGGCUCCUGGUGACCUUGAUGAGUGACCUUGAUGAAGGAUGGUGAAAGGAAAGAGAACAGCUGUUGCUUAGAUGCGAAGGCAGUAGAGAAGCAUCACAGUCUUCAUCGUUGCCUUUCUUUGGGCGUGGCAUUACUUGUAAAAGUUUAUUCAAAAGUGUGCUAACCAUGCCGAGAAAAAUGUGAUCCUGUGGUUUAAAGCCCCACUGCACUACCUGUAGCUACUUGCUCCCUCUAUAUAGAAAAAAUGCCUAUGCGGUCAAAAUUAAUCAAAUCUGGAAAUCUUUUUCUGAAGAUGAUUGUCCAAAGUAUAACACGAUAAUGAAGUAGGUUUGAUCUUGUUCAUAUAUUGGACAUGAGAACUUCUAAAAAGAAGUUUGCUUAAAAUCCACUGUUUAAAAACUUGAGCAAAGUGAAUGAAAGGAUACAUUGGUGACUGAGAACAUCUUUUCCUUCCCGUAAAGCUCUUCACAAGUUUGCUUAACAAGUAGCAUAAGAGUUACUUACUAACUCCUUUUAAAGAGACCAUGUGAGAGAGGGGGUGCAAACAAAAUAAAAUAGGCCUUCAGAAGUUUAAAAGUAUUGAAGACAUAGGUAUUAAGAAGGUCCAACUCUCAUAGAUCUUCUGGUAUUUUUUAGUACAGUGGUUGGAGGGAGGUUGCAGUUUCAUAUUUGCACUGUCUCAGAAUACUAUCUUGUAGUAAUUUGCAGUUGGAUACUUUUAGAUACUCCAAAAGGUUGUGCUUGUAAUUCUAUUUUACAACAUUAUCAUGGGAUGUUGUAUAUCAUUUAGACCCUGCAUAUGUAAAGCAGUGCUGUGAAAAUCAAACUUCUGUUUUAUUUUCAAAUUGAUGAAUUUCUAUUUCAAUCAUCUAAACAGUUACAAGGUGCCUCAAUGUGGAUUGAUAUUUAAGACAAAGUAGAUAAUACCUGUAUGCUUGUAUUGUGAUCUGCAAGCCUUGUGCCAAACUUGCCCUGGGUACAAACUGUUUAAAGCAUGAUUUUAGACUUAAAAUCAUUUAGUUGAUAUUUCUUUUAGCAUUGCUAUUGACAUAUAAUAAUUGUAUUGUUAACACUUUUUUCAAAAUACUAUAGUUUGAAUAUCAUGAAUAAAUGAUUCAAUUAUCUA